GGAUAGAAGUUGCAUCAUUCAUUUACCGUCCAAUGUAGACGCUUGUGAGUCGGAGGGCAGCAGUAAAGCAGCAUGGCGGCUCUGUUAAGGGGCACUCGCAGUCUUUUAGGAAAAUGGCACAACCAUGUCGCCUCGUUGCAGGUCUCCAGAUCCAUGGCCUCCAAAACACAGGUGGGCUUUAUUGGCCUGGGGAAUAUGGGAACCCCAAUGGCCAAGAAUCUGAUCAAACAUGGCUAUCCUGUGAUUGCUACAGAUGUCUUCCCUGAGUCUUGCAAAGCGCUGCAGGAGCUGGGUGCACAAAUUUUGGACACGCCUGCAGAUGUGGCAGACAAGGCAGACCGCAUUAUUACAAUGCUACCGUCCAGUCCUAAUGUUACUGACGUGUACACAGGCCCCAACGGCAUUCUGAAGAAGGUGAAGAAAGGCUCUUUACUCAUCGACUCCAGUACCAUUGAUCCAGCAGUAUCCAAGGAAAUGGCUGUUGCUGCUGAGAAAAUGGGUGCUGUUUUUAUGGAUGCACCAGUAUCUGGAGGUGUUGGAGCUGCCACUUCUGGUAAGCUGACCUUCAUGGUGGGAGGAGUGGAGGAGGAAUUCACAGCAGCCAAGGAGUUAUUAAGCUGCAUGGGAGCCAAUGUAGUGUACUGCGGUCAGGUUGGCACAGGACAGGCUGCAAAGAUCUGUAACAACAUGCUGCUGGCAAUAGGAAUGAUUGGCACGGCUGAAACAAUGAACUUAGGCAUCAGGCUGGGGCUUGAUCCCAAGCUACUGGCAAAAAUACUUAACAUGAGCUCAGGCCGCUGCUGGUCCAGUGAUACCUAUAAUCCUGUUCCAGGAGUGAUGGAGGGCGUGCCCUCAGCCAACAACUAUCAAGGGGGCUUUGGAACAACAUUAAUGGCAAAGGAUCUAGGACUUGCACAGAACACAGCAACAAACACCAAGACGCCGGUUCCACUGGGUUCAUUGGCUCAUCAGAUCUAUCGUAUGAUGUGUGCACGUGGGUAUGCCAACAAGGACUUCUCCUCGAUCUUCCAGUUCCUGCGUGAGGAGGAGGGCCAGUAGAGAGUGGCACUCCCAAUUGUGGCCUAAUCGAACAAUCAUUCAUCACCAAGAUCUGGCGAAAAUAACAUUUGCACAAAGUGCAACAUUUACCAGUGUGAUCCGCAAGACUUCAAGUCAAAUGAGUGAAUGAGUAGAACAGAGGAAGUAAAUGUAUAAAGUAAAUUUCAGUCCUUGUUUCUGGAAUCAUGUUACCUGUUUGGGCCUGCCCUGUACAAACCUUUCUUUUCCCAUGUUUAACUCUUGACACUGUGAAGCUGAGGCAGUUUGCUUUUAUUUGUUUGUCACAUUUUGUGGUGGUGUGUCCUGUAGACUGAUUUUCAAUUAUAUGUGUGGUCAUGUUAAAAUUGCUCUUAUGGUUUCAGCCGAAGGAACUGGCAGCAACGGCAAUGAGGAAGUCACACGUUUAGACUUUACUAAAUAUAAACACUCCCUUGCUACAGUUAGCAGAGCCAUGGCACACCUUAUGUUGCUAUAGCACUUGCUACUUUUUUCUGUUUUUUAUUGGUAAUAUUUUUUAUUUUUUUUUGCUAGUUUUAUUUGCUGCUGUGGUGUCUAGCAGGUUUGCAGUGGUGUCUACAUGUCAUAAAUCUUAUGUCUCUACUCUGAAAUUAAAGCAGGGGGAAAAAUCUGUUCUGACAGUGAAA